AUGCAAAGAAGGGGGGCCUCUCGGAGAGAUUGUGGAGAGGGAGCUGAGAUGACUUGUCGGUCUGCAGAGAUGGCUCACUAUGCGUGCUCUUCUCUUCGCCAGCCAUCCUUGCUUGCCAUUUCAUGCUCGUGGUUUUUACUAUACUAUGCUAUUGUUUACCGUGGUCAUCUCCGCGCCUGCACGGGGCACGCAUGUAGCGCCAGCAGAUGUCGCAAUCGAAUACAGUGCCGGUGUCAUUGGUGCGCAGCGUGGAUCCUGGAGAGGAGCGUGUUUGUAUUUUGUUCUGCCACGUCGUGCGCUGUGGUGCAUGGACUCUUAGUAGGCGCAUGCCCACAGCGAGGCCAAUCGCCAGAUGGCACCGAGGGCAGACGCGUGUGUGGUGGCUGUGGUGUGUGUUUACAGGGCGUCCAGACGUGCCAUCGUCGAGGGUAUCGUGCACGUCGGUGCACAGAGUUUGUCGAUGUCCAUGGAGGGCAGAAGAUAGGCCAGCCCCGCGAAUAUCAGAGUGGCUGA